GUCAAACGGAAAUUUGCACCAGCAAUUCUUUCUAGAAAUUUGUGGCAGUUUCAUGCUAGCCCGCGCUAGGUAGGUCUCCCUAAGUUUAUCUUGGCAAAACACAGCCAGCAGCUGCUUGGAAUAUAAACACAUAUUUCUUACAACUGCUAAGUGUUUUGUUUUAUCUGCUUUUUGACCAGAGAUUCGGGUUAGCUCCGUUUAGCCCACGAACUUAGCCGAGUCAUAUCCGAAGCUAACGCCGUUUGCGUUAGGUUGUUCCUGGCAUCAUGUCGAGGAUAGACUACAGCGUGUGGGACCACAUUGAGGUGUCAGACGAUGAAGAUGACACCCACCCGAACAUCGACACACCCAGCCUCUUCAGAUGGAGACACCAGGCACGUGUGGAGAGGAUGGAGGAGUUUCAGAAGAAAGGUGAAGAACUAAACAAGUCACUCAACGAAUGCCGGCGUAAGCUUGCAGAAACACAGAAGAAAAUGCAAGAGCUGAACAUCACUUCAACGGACGACGCCAAAGCAGAGCUGAGCAAAGUCCAGGCUGAGGAGAAGAAACUGAAAAAGGAGGAGCGGGACUGGGAGAAGAAGGUGGCCGAACAUAGCCGGGAGGAGAAGAAGAUGCCAUGGAACGUGGACACGCUCAGCAAGGAGGGCUUCAGCAAGAGUAUUGUUAAUGUCAAACCUGAUUCUUCCGAAGAGACCGAAGAAGAGAAGGAGCGCAAGCAUAAAACCUUUGUGGAGAAAUAUGAGAAGGAGAUCAAACAUUUUGGCAUGUUGCGACGUUGGGACGACAGCCAGAAGUACCUCUCUGACAACCCUCAUCUAGUAUGUGAAGAGACUGCCAACUACCUGGUCAUCAUGUGCAUCGACCUUGAAGUAGAGGAGAAACAUGCAUUGAUGGAGCAAGUGGCGCAUCAGACCAUCGUCAUGCAGUUUAUUCUAGAGCUGGCAAAAAGCCUCAAGGUGGACCCCCGCGGCUGCUUUCGUCAAUUCUUUGCCAAGAUUAAGACAGCAGAUCAGCAAUACCAGGAUGCUUUCAACGACGAGCUGGAGUCAUUUAAGGAGCGGGUUCGGGGCAGAGCGAAGAUCCGCAUCGAGAAGGCCCUAAAGGAAUAUGAGGAAGAGGAGCGACAAAAGCGUUUGGGACCUGGGGGGCUAGAUCCUGUUGAAGUGUAUGAGACACUGCCAGCUGAGAUGCAGAAAUGCUUUGAUGAUAAGGACAUCCAAAUGUUGCAAGAUGUUAUCAGCAAAAUGGACCCAACGGAGGCAAAGGCUCACAUGAAGAGGUGCAUAGACUCAGGGCUGUGGGUCCCCAACUCCAAGACAGACGAUGGGGAUGAAAAAGAGGAAGAUGCUACCUAUGAAGAGGUGAAACAUGAGCCGGAAGAAACUAAGAAGGAAUGACCAACAUUGAUCACGUGAUGUGUUGUUUCUGCAAAUGUACUUAACCCACUGCAUUGCGACUCCACUAUGUGUAUGACUAGUUUGCCAAUAAUGGAUCAAAGAGAUAACGUUUGUAAAAUACUUGGCUGAGAUUUUAAGGAAUACACCACCCACGGAAGUAUCAUUUGUGUAUCAGUGACUCACUCCAUGUUACCUUGAAUUCGUGAUGAACAAUUUCGUCUCUCAUAUGCCUCUGGAGUGAACGAAGAAUCCAAAAACUGAGAAAAUUCUUGAUGAGUUGGAGUAAACGGGAUUCCUUUAACAACAGCAAAACAAUAUCAUAUAUACUGAUCAACUGGAUAAAUGAGACUUGGAUUAAUCUUCACCAGUAAAUGGAUGUUUAUACGGCCCCCUUUUACUUCAGUUUAUUACAAAUGCAGGUGGUUUUUGGAUUCUUCGUUCACUGUUGAGUCGUGCCAAAUAAACAAAGUUUUCUUCAGAAUUCACUGAGACACAGCGUGAGUAACUGAUACACAAAUGGUCAUUCUGCGGGUGACGUAUUCCUCUAAGGGAUUAGCGCUCACUUAUCUGCACUACAUUGCGUCAGUAACUCCUGCUUGGAACAGAAACUGCUGCCCGUGUUUAGGUCUUUUAUUCGUUUGGACUUCGGCUGUGUUCUGACAUUUAUUUGUAUACACCUGUCAAAUUACAUGGGAGUGUAUGUGCACACAUGCCUGCCUGCUUUGUUUGUGCUGUUGUAUAGUUAAAAAACCUUCUAUACAUUUUCAGGUUGUGCAUACAGUGAAUUGAAAGGAUGAAUUUUUUUGUCAUUUCCAAAUGUAAGAGUUUUUGUUAGACUUUUAGGGCUUGAGCAACCGAUGUAUUCAGAUGGUCAUUUCCCCCAAAGUGACAUUUUCUACAAACUUGCUUAAGUAAAGGUUGAAUUAUACCCAA